CACUCAACAUCAUCCACAUCUCGACCACAAGCCACACCAAGGACACUGGAACAAUCUAUGUCGUAUGUCUCAUGGACAAAAAGGAUGAAGUGCAUCAAUUCAUACAGCAGUCAAUCCAAAAUCAUUGCACUAACAAUCCCGACAUCCAAGCACCAAUCAUCGUUCCCCUUAGUCGGGAUGAUCGCACCGUGCAGACCCAACAAACCAGAGCAACAAAAGCAACCACAAUCACCAAAUUCGACUUUCUUCUGUCAUCGACAGUUUCAGAUCAAACCCAACAAAAUCCCAUGAACACCACACGCCCCUCCAUUCCGACAGCUAUAGUAGCCACCAACAGUUAUGCUGCGAUUGUAGCUGGAGCCAAAUCCAAUCAAUCCGACAAUGAAUCACAGAGCAACCAUGAAGGAGAUGCAGUAUCACAUAUGACCAACUCUGAUGCAGCCAGUAGCACCAACACUGCAAAAACAGAAAGAGAGCAAGAGUUGGAAGACACCAUAGAUGACCUGAUGAGAGAAAAGAAUAUCUUGAGAGAUGUCAACAAAGCUUUGCAAACAGAGUUAAAGGAGAUCAAAUCGACCUUGAGCCAAACUCUCCAAACACAUGCCAAGGAACAAAAGGAGCUACAAGAACAACUGCAAGCAAACAUGGAACAGACAAUGCAACAAAAACUGGAUGAGAUGCAACAACUGAUGCAACAACAGAUGGUGAUGAUGAUUGCAGCAAGUAAAAGCACCACUGAGUCACCAGCACACAAGAAAAGUAGACGUGAUGCUACACCGGGUGCCAAUCAGCAACACAUUCAGCAGACAACUCACGAUGUAGACAUGGAUCCAAAUGAAGGACAAGAAACGAACAGCAAUGAUGAAGCUACCACCACAGAAGACAUGAUAGGAGUUGCUAACCUGGAUGACAAAUUUGCAGCAGUGGAAGAACACGACAAAAGCAACAUCAGCGCCCCAAGCACGGGCGGUGAUGGAGGGUCCUCAUAAUUCCAACGGACAACAAUCCAAAUGAUGCAGUGGGACAUACCUUGACAAUACCCAAAGAUCUUACAACAACACGCUUUUAUUACAUCAAUGCCAACGGAAUCAACAUAAGCAGACAGGGGGGGGUGGUUCAAUAUGUGUGAAACAAUGCAGGAUAUGCAAGUCGACAUUUCGAUGUUAGUGGAAACAAAAUUGGACACAACAAAACAAUAUGUUAGAAGCCGACUUAAGGAGGACGCGACACAAUCAUUCGGGCACAAGGAUGCAUUCAAAUUGAAUGCCCACUCCACUCCGAUCAAAGCCGACAAGUCCAGGAAACCUGGUGGAAUCUUGCAACUUACAACAGGUCAUCAUCAGGGGCGAA